AACCUCCAUACGACCUAAAGAUCUUCACUAUUCUCAAAGCACGACUCCAACUGAACACUCGGGCAGGUAUAUGUUUUAUGUGAAUUUUAUGUGAAUUUUAUGGCUAAUGUGAAUUGUUUGUAUAUGUUUAAGUAUUAAAAUGUCUGGAGCAAGAACUCGAGCUCAAAAUGCCGCUAACGACCCUCACAAUCAAUCUCGUACCAUCCAAGACCUCACCGCCCUCGUCCGAGAACAAAACGAACAAAUCAACCGCCUUGUUAACCUUCAAAACCGAAACCCUCCUCCACCUCCUCCUCCUCCUCCUCUCCAACUUAGAAAUACAGCCCCACAAGCCACCUACGAGCGAUUUCUGAAAAUGCAUCCUACCGAAUUCCACGCCGGCCCUAGUCCAACUGUUGCCGAAGAAUGGAUUAAAUCCCUCGAAGUUAUCUUCGAAUACAUGGUGAUGAACGACAGCGACCGAAUCCAUUGUGCACUUUUCUUGUUGAAAAACGAAGCCCGAAAUUGGUGGGAAGGCGCAAAGAGUGGAAUCGAUCUAGCAAAUACCACUUGGGAAGCUUUCAAAGUUCUUUUCUUCGAAAAGUACUUUUCCAAGAAUGUUCGAGCGCAAAAGCUUAAGGAGUUUCUCGAACUCAAACAAGGAACCUAA